AUGAAAACCUUUGGCUUCUUUAUCCUGGUUUUCACUGCACAGUGUAUGGCUUACACAAAGGAAAUGAAUGUAUAUCAAUUAGAAGGAGAAGCAAUAAGCGAGUUUCAAUACGAAUUCCGAGACCAAUUAAGAAUUUUUUGCUUCUAUAGUCCAUAUGCAGUUGACACAAAAGAAUUUCUGCCAAAGUACAAAAAUGCAGCAGCUACUUUGAAGCUCAAUGAAGCUCCUAUCACGUUAGCUAUGAUUGAUAUAUCUCGGCCUGGAAAUAAAGAUUUCUCUUUGAAGCAUGAUGUUUUGGGAUAUCCUGCUGUUGUUUAUUAUCUGUCAGGAUUGACUGAGCCGAGACUUUAUUUAGGCAAAAAAGAAACCAAUGCUAUGAUAAGCGAAUUCCAGGAAAUGGUUUUUGAUUUCCAUGAUUUUAGCACUGAAGAAGAGUUCAAUAGCUACAUGACCACUCACCGACAAGUUCAAGGCCUUGUACUAGGAGUUUUCCAAGAUUAUUCAGGAAAAAGUUAUGAUCUAUUUUACGAUUUUGCUCAAAAAAAUAGUGACGCUUACAAAUUUGGCAGAGUCAAAGGAGAAAAAUGGGCUGAGAAGUUCGGAUUAGAAAAAGAAGGAGUUGCAGUAAUAAGACCUACCCUUUUAUUGACAAGUUAUGAUACCCCAUUCAAAUCAGCGUCCAAGUUUUCUAGUAAAAGCGACUUUGAAAAUUUCAUUAAAACAGAAAUUCAUCCAAAUAUAUCAUGGGUGACACAGAGAAAUAAGGAUGAAUUUUUCAAUGGGCCGACUCCUUUGGUCGCUUUAUAUUUUAAUGCUGAUCCGAAAAUGUAUUCUUCACAAAUCAAAUAUUACAUUAACAGAUACGCAGAUGCAGUAAACCAAUAUUUUUCUACUAAUAAAUUCAAGUUUGUGAUUGUUGAUAGAGAGAGCUUUAUUGAAAAACUUGAGGCUGAUUUUUUGAACACAGACAAAAUUGUCCUUGUUUUAUAUAGAGAAGAAAAAAAAUACGUACUUCGCCAAUCACAACUCUUAACAAAUGAUAACAAAUUUUUAGGUCCUGCUAUUAAAGAAUUUCUUGAGGGUUGGGAAAAAGGAAAAGUUAAAAAAUAUGUACGAAGUCAGCCUGUACCCAGCAAGAAGAUAGAAAAUAGAGUAAGGGUCGUUGUUGGUGACACUUUUGAAGAUGAAGUGCAAAAUUCUAAUAAAAAUCAGCUAGUUUAUAUAUACUCCACUAGUAAUCCGAAAUCAGUUGAGGUCAUUAAAACUAUUGAAGAAGUUGCUGAGUAUUUCAAGCAAGAACCUCAGUUUGAAAUCGUGAAAAUUGAUGGCAGCUUGAACGAACUUCCGUUUAUGUUUGAUGUGAGCUAUUAUCCGACCAUGUACUUUUCGCCUAAAAAGCGAAAAGACAUUCCAGUCCGCUAUUCAGGAUAUGAUUACUCAAAACAAAAAAUAAUUGAGUUCAUCAAUCCUGAAGAAAAGAAAAAGAAGAAGGAAGACCUUUAA